GCGGAGGGGUGAAGGCCGGCAACGGCGGACAUGCAGCGCUGGGGACGUGUCUCCUGCGCCCUCGCUCGGAGGAGCCAUUUUGAUCGAAUUCAUGGUCUCCAGGGAAUUUGUGCGGUGUCACAAAGGACCUACGCUGAUCAAGCUAUUGAUGCCGAUGUCACAGUCAUUGGCUCUGGUCCUGGAGGGUAUGUGGCUGCUAUCAAAGCAGCUCAGCUUGGAUUUAAGACUGUCUGUGUAGAAAAAAAUGAAACAUUAGGUGGAACCUGUUUGAAUGUUGGAUGUAUUCCAUCAAAGGCCUUGCUGAACAACUCACAUUUGUAUCACUUGGCCCAUGGAAAAGAUUUCGCUAAUAGAGGAAUUGAAAUUACAGGAAUCCGUUUGAACCUAGAGAAGAUGAUGGAACAGAAGAGUGGUGCAGUGAAGGCCUUAACAGGUGGAAUUGCUCAUUUAUUUAAACAAAACAAGGUCACACAUGUAUCUGGGUUUGGAAAAAUUACUGGGAAAAACCAAGUCACUGCAACCAAGGAAGAUGGCAGCACACAAGUUAUCAAUACAAAGAACAUACUCAUAGCCACAGGCUCAGAAGUUGCUCCCUUCCCUGGAAUUACUAUUGAUGAAGAUAAUAUUGUGUCAUCCACUGGUGCACUGUCACUGAAAAAAGUUCCUGAAAAGAUGGUUGUCAUUGGUGCAGGAGUCAUUGGUGUGGAACUGGGUUCAGUUUGGCAGCGCCUUGGUGCAGAUGUUACAGCUGUUGAAUUCAUGGGCCAUGUUGGUGGAAUGGGAAUUGACAUGGAGAUCUCUAAAAACUUUCAACGUAUUCUUCAGAAACAGGGAUUUAAAUUCAAGCUGAACACCAAAGUUACUGGUGCUACUAAGAGACCAGAUGGAAAAAUUGAUGUCGCUGUUGAAGCUGCUGCUGGUGGCAAGGCUGAAGUAAUAACUUGUGAUGUGCUCCUAGUUUGCAUCGGUAGACGUCCAUUUACAAAAAAUUUAGGUCUCGAGGAUAUUGGAAUUGAACUUGAUAAGAGGGGGAGAAUCCCAGUCAAUAACAGAUUCCAAACCAAAAUUCCAAACAUCUAUGCUAUUGGUGAUGUAGUUGCUGGACCUAUGCUGGCCCACAAAGCUGAGGAUGAAGGCAUUCUUUGUGUAGAAGGGAUGGCUGGGGGAGCGGUUCACAUUGACUAUAACUGCGUACCCUCCGUGAUAUACACUCACCCUGAAGUGGCCUGGGUUGGCAAAUCCGAAGAACAGCUGAAAGAAGAGGGUGUAGAAUACAAAAUCGGGAAAUUUCCAUUUGCUGCGAACAGCAGAGCGAAGACAAAUGCUGACACAGAUGGCAUGGUGAAAAUACUUAGUCAGAAAUCAACAGACAGGAUGUUGGGUGCUCACAUUUUAGGCUCAGGUGCUGGUGAAAUGGUUAAUGAAGCUGCCCUUGCUAUGGAAUACGGAGCAUCAUGUGAAGAUGUAGCCAGAGUUUGCCAUGCCCACCCGACAGUGUCAGAAGCCUUCAGGGAAGCAAACCUAGCAGCAUCUUUUGGCAAAGCUAUCAAUUUCUAAAAUGAAAGAGCAGAUCUUUGUACCUGCAUAGUACCUCCCUGAAAAUGGACUGUGGGCUCUUGUGGAAGGCUGAGUCUUGAGGACUAAGAGAAUCUCUUCAUUUAUAAACAUCAAGUAUUUAAACAAGUAGAGUUUGGAACAAGCGAAAUUAUUCAGUCUCUGUAAAUUAAAUACUUAAAAUUACAUGUUUAUUUACAUGAUGAAUGUGGCAGAAAAACACCCUUGCAGAACUCGUCUCUUUUUGCAAGCCAAACACUGUGCUGCUGCAUGGGAUUAUCAUGUGUGCUGGGCAUAAUUCUGGGUAAGUGUUCUGCAUACCUGGUGUUUUCUUAUUUGAAGUAGUGGUAAGCUAAACCAGUUGAAUGCUGGCACUUACAAUUGCCACUGUCACUUCCGCACAAAAAUGUUUUGUUCUGAAUUGAUUAACUUCAGUAUUUAGCCUACUUCUUGCAUACAAGUACCAAAACUUGUUUUGACCUAGUCAUGUUACGAUGUUGGGAAAAGUGGGGCUCAUAUAGAUAAUUAAAAUUAUAUUGACUUUUUAAAGGGAA